AACAUCAAAAAAAGGAAAUGUGACAUGUACAGGCUUCACACAACUCACUCGGCUCUGCUCCGCUCAGAACCACAGCCCCCCGUUGUUGGUGUCAAGUUGAAGUCUCACAGCGUUUGUUGCAACCUGCAGGUCAGGCGUUCGGUGAACCUCUAUCUCUCUCUCUCUCUCUGUGUGUGUAUAUAUAUACACCUCAGGGCGGUAAGUGCCUUUAGUUUUGAACAUCGAGGAAGCUUCAAGUUUCGAGAUUUGGAAUAAUCUUAACUGCACUUGGGUGAAGUGGUCUUCAAGGAGGCUAGAUAUCCAAGAGGUAGCACAGAGGAACACUGUACAAUCAAAUCCAUUGUCCUGAUGAUUAAGAAGUAAAAUGAGUCAACAAUGAACGUCAGGGUCAACAAAACCAAAUCAAUACUAAAAAGCUAACUUUGGAGAAACCUUUGUCAGAGCAGCAGAGAAGAGACUUGAAAUGUGUUGAAUAAUUCUCUCUUAUCUGAACGAUCAACCGAAUUUCGUAUGGGAGUAGGUCAGAGGAAACGCUUCGAGACAUUACCCAACGCAGUUCUCACUGAAUAAAGCAGAAGUGAUCUUUACCAGCGACAAUAUCACAAGAGAGAAAACAGAGUAUUCGUCUGAAAUGUCACCAAGAGAUAACCAAGGAGGAAAAUGGGUACGAGAAAAGCACCAUUAAGCAACAGUGGGGGUACAUUGAAGGAUAUUCUUAGGCACCCACACCAAGCCAAUGGCAAGGACUCAUUAAAUUCCGUACAUCCAUUUUAUCUCUGGGUUUGCAAACCCUACACAUAAAUAUCAAUUACAGCCUGAGUUAGCACUGGAUCAUUUUCAACUUCCAAUCAAGUUUAAUCAUUCAGAAAGACCAAGAAAAUUGAAGAGUUGAUAUUGCUGGACUCAAAGAUCUACAAAUUAGCUUUGUCUUAAAAAUUUCCUCCUUUGAUUUUCUCCUCUUCCCAAUCCCAGAAUAUAUUUUCCCACGUUUAUUGCUCGCACACCCAGACUCAGCCCAAUUCAUUCUCAAUAAAAAGGUAAUUGAAAAAUGUCAAACGAUUCAUCCAGCUGCAGUGAUGAUCGGAGUACAACUAACUUCUUGUACGCCAUCAUGUACGCUAUAAUAUUUGUGCCUGGCCUAAUAGCUAAUGUUCUGGCGCUCUGGGUGUUCCACGCUUAUGUCAAGGAGACAAAGAGGGCAGUGAUAUUCAUGAUUAACUUGGCCAUUGCUGACUUGGCACAGGUUUUGUCUUUGCCACUCCGGAUUUUCUACUACUUGCACCAGGAGUGGCCUUUUGGCAGCUUUUUGUGCAUGUUUUGUUUCUACCUUAAGUACGUGAACAUGUAUGCCAGCAUCUUCUUCCUGGUCUGCAUCAGCAUCCGACGGUGCCUCUUUCUGAUCCAACCUUUCAAAUAUAACGACUGUAAACGCAGGUAUGACGUUUAUGUGAGUAUCGUUGGGUGGCUCCUGGUGGGUGCCGCUUGCCUGCCCUUCCCACUAAUGAGGCUUGACGCAAGAAACAGUUCCAGCAACUUCAACAGCUGCUUUGCAGACCUUCCAAUAAUCAAAAUUGGUGUCCCUACCUCCGUUGUCAUGGUAACUCUGGCUGAACUAGGAGGCUUUGUGCUACCUCUAGUCAUCACGUUGAUCUGCUCCUGGAAAACCAUCAUGACCCUGCGAGAGAAGAACCCAGUUCUACAAGACAGUGGAGAAAAGAAGAAAGCCUUGAAAAUGGUGCUGACAUGCAGCAUGGUCUUCCUGGUCUGCUUUGCACCGUAUCACAUUACCUUCCCCUUGCAUUUUCUGGCCAUAACAGGCCGUAUUGCAGACUGCUCCAUCAAGAAGAUCAUACUGACCUUUCACCCAGUUGCGCUGUGUCUAGCCAGCCUGAACUGCUGUCUGGAUCCUGUUAUAUACUAUUUCACAACAGAUGAAUUCAGGAGAAGAUUGUCACGGCAAGAAAUCUGUGAAAAUGAUAUUCAGCUCAACUCCAAGGAAUACGGUUGAAGGAAAUGCUGUGGAUAAUGUGUUCAGCAUUCAGCUGCUUUGCAAAACUAAACAUGAGCGACAUGGAAAGUCUCCUUCUGUGUCAGCCUGACCGCUGUGGUGUAAAUUUUAUUUUUCACUGUUAUUUAGCCUAUUUAUAUGAUGUACUUGUAUAUGUUGUUUUUUUUCUCUACAGAAAUGUGAAUCUUUACAAUGGUGAAGAGUUUAAAAAUACUUGUGUUAAGCGUUCUAUUUUGAGAAUUUUUCAGAGGAAAACCAAAUGGGCUCAAAGAGUCGGUAGAUCACAUGUAGUGAUCCCUCUGUUGCCCGGUGACGUGCCUUAAAUAGAUUUGCAGAGUGACAUUUCAGUUCCGUAGUGAGAUUUCCACUUCCUACUUCAGUCAUGAUGGUCACCAUGAGUAAGUCUGCUGUAUUAGAAUCAAGCUGUAGGGGAAACACGCAUUAGUUGGUUUAAAGUUUGAUAUUGACUUGACUGAUGACAGGUUUGAGAAGUAAUUCAAAAUAGGUAUACAUUACAGCCAAUUAUU